GCCCUCUUUCAUUUCACUCCCUCAGAACCCUAACACUCGCGCACUCCCUCUCUAGCGCUACCGCUGUUCUCUCGCUUGCCGAUCGCCUCGCCGGCGACGGGGGCGUGAAUCGCCGGCGGCCGCCGCCGCCCCGACCCGCUUCCACUCGCCGUGGCCCGCGACUUUCCAGGGACCUUUUUCGCCGCCCGAGCCCUUCUCGCCGUCGCCGGAGGCGUCCGCGCUCUGCCGCGGUCCUCUCUAAAAUGUGCAGGUGUAGACUACAUUGAGUUAAGGAAAUUAUAGAGAAAAGCAGUGAUGGUGGAAGUGUGGUGGCCUUUGCUUGGAGCUGUGAUACCUGCCAUUGUCGGUGGGCAAGCUUGGAGGAUAAGGAAAAGGCGAGCCGAGGAACAGAGAUUGAAGAGCGUGAGAGGGCGAGAAAAGAGUUCUGAAGAGAUAUUUGUCUGCGAGAGGGUCUGCACUUCAAAGAGGAUGCUGAAGAAGGUCGGCUCAUUUUCCAAAGACCCAACUCCUGAUACUUGUGUCACUGUUUGUGGUGUAUCCCAGCUUGAUGCAUGUGCUGAUGCAUGUGCAAGAACUGUGUGUGUUAAUCAACAUCAAGUGCCCAAUUGGAAUGAUAUUUGUCUUAGGAGGUGCCAGAGCGAGUGCCUGAGGCUCUCGAAUUCCUCUGAUGCAUCUUAGUAGUUUUAUACUGUACCCUCUUUAUUACUUGUGCAAAUGUUUCUUCGAUCUUUUUCUGCAAUAGAUUGUUUGUCAUAAAUUAUGUUUUGUUCCAUGACGGCUGAGUUGUCUACAAGUAUCCACCACUAUUCUCGUGGUGUUGGCA